AGCGGCUUUUAGCGCUGUCAGAUGCGAUGUCUAGCUGCUGUCAAGUUCGCUGAGUGCGUGCGGCGCCCGGGCGUCGACGGUGCCGCGUUUUCAUGGCGCUAAGCGCCGUCAAGCGUCACGCGAUGUGAGUAGCGCGCCGAGCCUCGAGAGCAGACUGAAUUGACUCUGUUUCGGUGUUCUUAUGGCGCCUCCUCGCAAGGUACGAACCGCAGCUGAAGAAGCGGAUCGUCGAGCUGCCCGCGCGGCUGCAGCCAGGCAACGUCGGGCACAGCAGAGCGCUGUGCAGAGAGAAGCCCAGACCGCAGCUCGCCGUCGACGCCGGGAGGACAGUUGGGUUCGUUUUCGGGAAAACUAUGCCAAAAGACUUCGCCGCGAAGAUCCUCAGGUGCGUGAUGCCGAAAAUGCGGCGCGGCAGCUUCGCCGCACAGAUCCUCAGGUGCGUGCUGCCGAAAACGAAGCUCGACAGCUACGCCGUGCGGACCCUUCGGUACGUGAAGCUGAGAAUGAGAACCGAGAACUUCGCCGUGCAGACCCUCGAAUGCGCGCAGCUGAGAAUGAGGCCCGACGACUUCGCCGUGCGGACCCUCGGGUGCGCGCAGCGGAGAAUGAGGCCCGAGAACUUCGCCGUGCGGACCCUUGGGUGCGUGCAGCCGAAAACGCGGCUCGACAGCUUCGUCGCGUGGAAUCCGAGGCCAGCGAGCACCGACUCGGCGACUCUCAGCCAUCACCGGUGGUGAAUCUGACCGACAUACUCAGCUUGCGAUUGUUUGAGUUGAUAUCCUCGGCUGGGCUUGUUCACCACGUGGCAGCUGCAUCAUCGGUGCCUGUCAGCGACGUGGCCGGGCAGCUUGACCCUGGCAGCUUCACCGAGCAUGAGGGCAAUGCCGUGGUUUCCGUUUCAGCCCCCUCCACCAACCACAAGGAAGAGCAGUGUGAACAAAACACCUCCCUCGCCGGCUGUCAGACAAGGACUGGACGUGAGUACCACAGAAAAUUGAUGUGGAAUAGCAGUGCCCAAGGCGCUGUAAUUGCCCGCAACACCAUCACCAUGCAGACAAAACCACAGUGCAAGAAGAGCGUCUACAGAAUACCUGUUGCGAGCCGUCCACUGGAGACGGGGAGUCGACAUGUCAGGACAGCCACGGAAAGCACCCAGACUGCCACGAAGAUGACACAUAGCAUGAUUACGCAGACAAAACCAAAGAAAUUAAGGAGCCGAGGUACAAACACGAGUUCUAGGAAGCUGUCUUGAGGAGGCAAGUAAAAAUAAAAAAGCAGAAAGGAAUUGUCCACCUGAUCAUGAGGUGAUGAGACCUCGUAUCGACCAGUUUGAAGCAAGCCACCAUCAAGCAGGCACCUGUUCAUGUGGGUGACAUUUUUCCUAGCGACAACUACCUACGUGGCGCAAGCUGUCAUCUGGUGACACCCAACACUGCCAUCAAGAAGUUUGUGCACGGAGAGUGCAUGAGAGGGAGCUUCAACCAUACGAUCUUUGCAAAUGCAAUAAAGGAGUAUUGAAC